AUGGUGUUUGAAUCGUUGGUUGCAGACCUUCUUAAUAGGUUCUUAGGAGAUUUUGUCGACAACCUCGAUUCAUCGCAGUUGAACAUUGGAAUAUGGGGAGGUUACGCAGAUUUUUUAGUUUUUGUCUGAAGUAUCGUGUUUAAAGGAGAUGUCAAAUUAGAAAAUUUGCAAGUGAAGGAGACGGCGUUGGAUGACCUCGACCUUCCAGUUAAAUUGAAAUUCGGCUACCUUUCCUCAUUGAUUCUGAAAAUCCCAUGGAAGAAUCUGUACAAAGAGCCAGUUAUCGCCACGAUCGACGGCUUGAACUUGAUUGUGGUGCCUAACAAAGGCGUCGUUUACAGUGAAGACAAGGUUCAGUUCUAAUGAAAUCAACUAAACUGAAGUUUUUGAGGCGAUGAAAAACACACAAGAAGUCAAGCAAAAGACGCUCGACCGGCUCGAGCAAGCCAGAAAAGACCGACGAAAGCCAAAAAACCCCGAGUCCGACACGUUCGCUGAGAAGAUGGUCGCCCAAAUUAUCAAAAAUUUACAGGUCAUCCGCUUUUCUUUUUUUGAGUGUGAAUAGUCAAAGCUCUAUUUUUUUGCUUUGAAACUUUUAUUAUGAUUCUUGAUAGUUGUCUAACAGUUUUAUUUUAUUUUCGUAGUUCUUUUUUUUCUAUUCUCGAAAUUGAAAAAAAAGAAUUGUGAUGCAAAAGUCUUGAAUUCAUUCCAAAGUAGUCCGAAUUCGAACCUAAGGAAUGUUUAAAUAAACUUGAAAAGUUAUAAUCAGUAGUUAUCCCCUUUUUGACUCACUUUUGAAAUUGAAAAAAAAGCUUUCGUAAAAGUUUCCAGAUUUGCAAUGGAAAAUUUACUGUUUCUUGGUUAAGCGUGAGUGAAACUUCUAUGCUUUUAUUGGAGUCGUAUGUUACCUUUUUUUUCUGUAGUACUAAAAACCUCAGAAUCCGAUUUGCAGGUCUCUAUUUCGAACAUUCAUGUUCGCUUCGAGGACAAAUACACGAAUCGCCACCGGCCAUUCGCUAUGGGAAUCACUCUGAAAAAUUUGGAAUUCAAGGUUUCUUUUUUUUCCCAAAGGGAGGAAGUCUUUUCUUCAGACAACUGAUGAGAAUUGGCGAGAAACGAUUCACAAAGAAACGGUUAAAAUCAUAUACAAGCUGGUUUCGUUGGAGAACCUGGCAGUGUACUGGAACUCCGAUUCUGAACUGAUUUCGGACCUCGAGGACAAGGAACAGAUCCGUCGGAAGCUGCAGGAGACCAUUCAUGACGGCAAAAAUGUCCCCAAAGGCUACAAAUAUAGUGAGUUCAUCAAAGAAAACUCAAAAAAAAGAAAUCGGUAUUUUCAAUUGCAUGUCUGCAAUUUAGGAGAUUAUUCCUUAAUUGGUUAUUUAUUUAGCGUUUUUUUAUCUCAAUAGUUUCCUUUUUAAUUAUAAUAAACAGUUUAUUAGCAAAACUUCGCUCUCCCACUAACGAAACAUAUUUUCUUAGUUUUGCUCGAAGUAUCUUAUUUUUAAUGAAUAAUGCUUAGUUACCUGUUUGAGAACAAAUUUCUAUGAUCUGAAAAAGAAAAAAACGUUUGCAUUCCAAUCAACUGUUUCCUGCAGUACUGGAGCCGAUCAAGAUGCAGGCCAAGUUGAAACUGAAUCAAAAGCCGGAAACAGACGGAAGCAACUGGAGCAUCCCGAAAAUUGAUCUAGGAGUCGAUAUGCAAGCUUUAGCGUUGGCCAUUGGAAAGUUCCAAUAUCAAGACGUGCUUCUUUUCCUCGAAGCUCAAGAAAGGUGCCGUGAAGUCGAUAUUUCUAUACGGAUAUUUCUCAUUUAGGUUCCAAACAGCCGGACAGUAUUUGAAGUACCGACCACAUCUCAAUGAGUACAAGGGACACUAUAAAACAUGGUUUCAAUACACCUUUUGCAUAGGAUUUCAUUCUCAAAAAGAGUUUUCUUUCUCUCGAAAUUGGGCGCAACCAAAUUUUGUCUUUUUCAAGUUGUUCAUUGAAGUCAAGAUCUCAUUGAAAGGGCGUCUCAAAAGCUUUUUUUAGGUGGAAGUUUGCCUACACGUCAAUCCUGGAAGAGAAAGUGAGAAGACGUCGAAAUAACUGGUCUUGGUCCCGCAUGAAGGCCCAUCGAGAACUCGUGAAGAACUACCAGCAGGCCUGGGUCAAGCACCAGACUGAGAGCAGUCCCGGUGGCUCUGUAACGGAGAUCGUCAAGGUGAAAUUCAUACGGGAUGGCUGGGAAAUGUUUGUUCAUAAAAUGGUCGAAUUUUUCCCAAAAGAGCUGAAGUACUCGAAUAUCGAAAACACCAUUUUCAACAAUUUCACUGAAUUUCAGAACAAUUGUGAAAGGAAAAAGUUUUUUUUUCAGCACAACUCUGUAUAAAUAUUAAAUGUGACUUCUUUUUUUAGUCGGAAAAAAAGUUUUUUUCUACGAUGAAGAGCCAAAAAAACGGUUAUAAUUUUCUAAAAUCUACAGUUUUUCAAAUUUUCAGACCAUCAGACAAUUUAUUGUAAGUGAAAAAUCCAACCACGCAUUUCGAAGUUGAACAAAACGCUGUCAAAAAAAUAUGGUGUGAAAAAUUCAGCGGGAUUCGUUGUAAAUUUUGUUUUUUUUUUCCAUAAGAGUUCUGAUUCAAACAGCUUUGCAAGAUAUAAUGAAAAACAAAGUGAACGAAUAUCAAAAAAGAAACAGCCGGAUUUUAAGUAGAAAAACUUAAUUGAGUUUUCGGAUUAUCCAUGGAGCGGACCACUUUUACACCGGCGCGUGAGCCUGUUCAAGCCAUUUUGCUCUAGCCGUUUUUUUGGGCUAUUUUAUAUUUUUUUUUCUACUAUUCAAUCAUUUACCCAAAAUGAACUGAGAGAUUACUUUGUUUUUCGAAAUUUUGAUUCUCGUUUAAGUCUGUUGAAAAAUACUCGCCGUGGUCUUUGAGGAAGCAUGUGAAAACUUUAAUAAGGUGUUUGGUGAAGAGCUUCCAUUCAUGUAACUACUCUUGCGCCUAAAAACAUUUCAAAAUUUUUUUUCAACAGGCGAUAUUGUUACGAAACUUUUGGAAAUUACUUCAUAUUACAACUGAGGCACAUCCAUGUGUUCAGGAAGCCGAAAAGAAGCUCGACGUGUUCAAUUUGAACGUGGCUCGACAACAGGCUGAGUUGGAGAUCGACAGGAAAGAACUCACGCGACUGGAGGACAAACCCCAGGGAUGGGUCGCCUGGGGCAAAAGCUGGUCAAUUUUUGUUCAUAUAAUUUGAAGAAAAAUCGAAAGAACUUAGCUUUUAUCUCGUCAGAGCCGUACUAGUCCAAUUUUUUUUUGCUCCUUUUCUCUGGCGUCAGAAAUAAGUUUACAAAAAAACAGCAAAAAAAAAUUGAUUCUCAGGUUCGGAGGUAGCGGAGGUAGAAGCGGAGAGAAAAAGGACCACAAGGAUAUAACUUCCCAACUCCAGGAAGCCAUCACCCCAGAAGAAAAGGCAAAACUCUUCGAAGCUAUUGACUACCAGGUUCACUUUCCUUUGCCUUUUUUUCGUCAAAAUUUUGUUCAUUAUUACAGGAAAACAUUCCACCGACAAACUAUCCAAAAGAAUACAUCGAGAACAAGUUCGAGUUCAAAUUGGGACAGGUGAAUUUGAAGUUUAUUUGAAAUUUCAUGGUGAUCGCUUCAAAAAUUUUUAGUAUUGAAUAUUUUUCUCAUUGCUAAUUUUUUUGAAAGUUUACGACAUUACUGUUUGUUUCAAAAAAAAAAGCCCGGAAUUCGAAACUUUCUCUAGUUCAUUCAAAUGUUUUCUUGUCAAAAUUGGACUACCACGAGAAGUUCGAAUCACACAUUCGAAAUACUGUAGUUCGGUUCGACUUACUUUCUUUUUUGAGCUUAAUUUUAAUUUCUCAAACGCCAACGAGUAUUUCAAUCAAUGAUGAAUUCCGAAGGAAAACCAAAAGAGUAGAAAAAAAUUUGGCUCAAGCGCGUCUGAUUUUUCUAAAGUCGCCAAGAAGUCGGCAAAAGUUUGUGUUCGAAUCAUUUCUUGGUUCAGGUGGCCAUCGUUGUGGAUGGCGCCCUUUCUCUCCAGCUUUUGCAUUUGAAAGCCAACGUCGAGCAACGACCUUCCGCAGCUGCCAUGAAGUUGAUAGAGAAAGAAAAAACUUGGAAAAGAAAAACAAAUAUUCAGCGUGUGUUCGUCGAUCCAGGAGUUCCGUAUGGAUGGGUGUGGGACAGAGAUCCUACGAGUUCGGGACACCUCGGUGCCGUGGAUGAUGUUCAUGUUGGACACGAACCCUCUGAAGGGCGGCUACGACCAGCUGGUCAAGCUCGCCAUCUCGCCGGUCAACAUCAAGUACCACGCACCCGCCUUCAACUCGGCCAUCGACGUCUUCAAGCCGCCUGAGUCGGUCCGGUUGAAUCAGCUCACCACCCUUGCCAUGUCGCGCUACGAGGAGGUUUAUUUGCACCCGUCAGUCACCAUAAAUUUUGGAAAGAAAUUAUCAAAAUGUAUCAAUUUGAGUCGAAAAAGAUCUUCUGGCUCUUCACAUCAAAAAGGCUCAAAAUGAGAGCGACCACUUCAAGUAAAGAUUUUCCACGGAAUGAAGUCUUCACACGGAAUUGAUGCUUAGAAAUCAAUAUGUGUAAUAACGCAAAUGUUUUUUUUUAAAGUUUCAUUUCAGAAUCGUUUUUUCAAUGAUGUUAUGCUGUCACUCAGAAUUUAAAUUGCCAGUUUUUAGGUGAAAGCUCGAUCGGCCACAGGACUCGCACACGCCGUCGAGAAUCGUUCCAAACUUGAACUCGACGUACAAAUUCACCCUGCGCGAAUUUUCAUCUCUGAAGGCGGUGUCUAUAAUCCGGAAAAGCCGACUUUGUUGGCCGAUCUCGGUCUUCUGACCAUCGUCACGACAACACAGAACGUGGUUGGACGAUGCAUCAAAAUCUUGAAAAUAACCUUAAUUUCAAGAACGAAUCGGUGAAGACAGACCGCUUGCAAUCGCUUAUGGAGCAAGCCUACGAUAGAUUCCACGUGAAACUGUCUAAUGUGGUCAUUUCUCUUGCCGAAGUUCGUUCCUAUUUCAUGUCAACUUUAUGGUUUGCCUUUUUCAGAACGUCGCUCUCGCUGAAGAGUCGGUUCAUCAGAAGGAGUCUCGUCUCCACGUCCUGAAACCGACUGGACUUGACAUCGAACUGCAUAAGAGUUCUAUCGACGAUCUACGAUUGGCAAAGUUGGAUCCUCAAUCGCUAUCUUAGUGAUGAAUCAACCACUAGGAUGCGCAUAAUCGGAAACCUUCCGGACAUUGUCGUCGCGAUCUCGGACCAGCGUCUUCUGAUGUUGAUGAAGCUUCUCUUGUCGAUCCCGAAGCCUGAAGCCGAUCCGGAGACCAAAGCCAUUCAGGAACUCCAAGUUCCUGCGCCGAAGAUAAAGGAUCGUGCCAAAAUGCGAACCAUCAUGGAAGUUGAAGAGGUUUUUCUGGAUAUCCGCUGAAAAUCGACCAUUUUGAUUCGGUUUAGAUCGAAGAAGACGACACUCAGAAGGAGACCGAACAGAAAGAUAAGAAAACGAGCGAGCAGCAAGUCCAAGUGGAGCUCGACCUCAAGCUCCACAGGGUACAUAUCAAGAUCUUUGUUUUCUCAAUAUUAAGAAAUUACUUUUCUCCAGAUUGGUAUCAUCGUUGACCGUCAUGGAGAGGUUCUUUGCGACCUUUCAGUUCUGGAAAUGGCUUGCAAACUACAAAUGCGAACUUUCGACAUGGUUGUCACGGCCGAAGUUUCAUAUCAUGCUAAGCUUCCAUCAUUCUUCGCCAUUUCCAGCUCGGCUCUCUCCAAGUUUCGAUGCCUUCCUUCAAUUCUUUGGACGAGAAACGCAAGUAUUUGUAUCUUAUUGAUAACGUCGAAGAACAUGGCGCUCUUAUGCAGUUGAAAUUCGUCCAGGUUCGCGAACAUCUAGUUUUCAUCGAUUAUUAUUUCUUUUUCUUCUCAAGGCGAAUCCCGAGUCGCCGUUUUUCGCCACUGAGUAUAGAUCGACUGAACAAUAUUUUGAGUUCAAAUUUCGAAGCUUGAACGUCUCACUUCAUCAGGUGCUGCAUUCAGAAGGAUCAAAUUCAUUGAUCGAUUCAGGAAGGAGUUCUGGAGCUGAAGAAGUUUGGCGAGGAGCUUCAGGCAAAGAUAAACGAGCUGCAAGAGAAAACACCUGAAGAAGACCGAAUCGAAGAGCAAGCGAAAAAAAUCAGCAGGAAACUGAGUGAUAGGUUGGAGUCGAAAUUGAAACAGCUUCAGAAAAGCAAAUUGUUGAUCAUUUUAUUAUUUCCAAAAAAUCGGGUUUUCCGCUUUACUCAUAGGGAGUUCCGAGAGAAAUUUUCAUGUAUAAUUCCAAAAUCUUUUUUUUUUCAAAGUCUAGCUUUUUUUCUAUUGCUCAGUUUAACUAAAAAAAAAUUUGAAAAAGUUUUGACUAACUAGGGAACUACUCGGACUCGGGUACGCGGAUAGAGUUCAAACUUUAGUGGUUUAUAGACCUAAGUGAGAGUACUUGAAAAAAAAAAGUGAGAAUAUCUGCUAAACCCAAUAGAGAACUGAGAAAAAUAGUAGAAAAUGUGAGAAUUUGGCUUGAAAAAUUUUUCAGAACACUGCUUUUUACCUUAUUUUAUAUUUUAAUUCAUUCGCCUUGAAUGAUCCGGCUAUGAUAAAUUCCAAAAAACCUUUUCCAGCCAAAAGAAGAAGGAAAGCAAAUAUUUGAUAAUUUUCAAGCCUAAAUUGUUCAUUUUCAAAAAGCUUUUUCUCAGAAGCCUAUGGGGUUUAGCAGAUAAUCUUUCUUGUUUCCAAGUACUCCUACCCGGGUCUGUAAGCCACCAAAGUUUCAACUCGAAACGUGUACCCGAGUCCGAGUAGUUCCCUAGUAAGGAAAUUAUGCGUACAGACCAUAGGUAUAAAAAAGAAAUCGUGUGUUCUAGUAAAUACGUUUAGUCUUGCUUCGGUGGCGUCGCUGCACCGUCAAUCGUCGCAGACGACGUCGCGAUCUAGAAGGUCGACGCGUCGCAAAGAAUCAGCAUACCAACCGGAAAAUGUCGUCGUCAAAAUGCGCGUCAACGCUUCCUUCGACCGCCUGGGCCUUCUUCUCGGGAAUUCCAAAGCCACCGACACCAAACUGGCUAUUAAAGACGUAUAAAAAUGUUUCUGCUUUUUCCUUACUUUCCAUUAUAGAUCGAGACCAAUGUGAGGAUGACAGAGAAGAAGACGGAAGUCGACGCCAAAUUGAAAGCCAUCGUCAUGAACGAUUGCACUCCCGGCGCUGUGUACAAGUUUGAUAAGAGAGUUUUGUGAGAAAGCUGUCGGUUCUCGUUUGAAGGAAGCUGUUGCACGUGACAGGCGACGAAGACAUGCUCCGGUUCAACAUGACUCAGCACCAAAGGACGGAUUCCGAACGAGCCUCGAUGAAUCCGACUGACGUCGAUAUGUUUAUCAAGGUCCUGGAGAAUGAGAAGUCAUCUAAUUUUUUUUUCGAGGAAAUCUGAGUGAAAAAGUCUUUAAAAACAAUCAUAAUUCUUGCAGGACAUUUCUAACUGGAAAUCACGGCGGUUCAAAGAUUAAAGAUGAAACUCUUGAAAGAAUUUGGUAUUGUAUAUCCCUAGGUUUUCUGUUUAAAAAAAAACUUUAAAAUGCAGAAAAAGUUCCCGAAAAUUUUUUUUAUGGGUUAUUUUUUUCAACCUAUGUUUCAAAAGUGUUUGCCUGUUUUUUGAUGCUGCGACUUUCAUAGUUUGUUCCCCGUUUUUCAAAAUUGUCGAUUGGGUUUCAGAAAAAUCUGACCUUUUUCCUGCGCUCCACGGAUUCUCUAAAUUUGGUGUUCAUUUCAUGUGGCUUUCAGAUCAGACUUGCUCAGUUGCGGUUUGUCUUCCUGAACUUGUGGCUGUGUCGACUGAUGGCUUGGAUUGCGCCGUUCCAAGCAGAAGCAGUACGAGCCGCGCAAGCAGCUCAGGAGGUAGAACUUAUCAGAAAAUGAGAAUUUCAUUAAAUUUAUUGAAGGCGGCUGCUGAAAAGGCAGCCACGGCGGCGCAGAACGUCAAGCAAAUGAUGGAGGAGUCGCCGCCGCGAAUCGCACUCGACGUCUUGCUCGAAGCCCCGCACAUCGUCGUCCCUCGAGAUUCCAGAAGCCUCGACGUCGUCGUUCUUCAUUUAGGUCACUCUUUUCUCUCGGAAAUCCUCAACUAUACUCUUUCAGGUAAAAUUCUCGUGCAGAACAAGAUCGUUGGAGAUAAGGAGUUCCGACAGGCGGUCUUGGAUCGAAUGGACAUCAAGCUGACGGAUAUCAACUUUGGAAUGUUUUUCAGCUAGGAAAAUUCGAAACUUUCGAUCUACUGUUUCAGCGGGGUGAUGAACCAAGAGGUCACUGAAGUCACUUCUACUUGCGCCAUUUUGAAGCCUUUGACGUUCACACUGGCUGUUCAAAGGUGAAAAUUUAAAAAAAACCCAAGAGUAUGUAGGAGAAUUCAAUGGAAGCGAGUGGAAUCAUUUUUGGAUAUACGGUAAAACCUUCUAAGGGGAGAAAUGUCAGCAGUCAGACUGGUAAAUAGAAUGAGAAGUUCUAACUUCAGUGACACUCCGAAACUGUCCAAGAAGCUUUUUGAAGGGGACGACCUCAUGAAUUGGUAGUACCAGUGUGGUACUCCUUGUAGUGGACUCUUAGGAUUGACGUGAAAAAACGUUCAGUGGGUACUUCGACGGACUUUUUGUAAAUUUAUCCGGUCUGAUAAAUUGUCGAUAUAACAAUAUCAUAGAAGAAUUUCUUUUAGCAGACUUCUGCUGACUUUUCAAGGCUUCCUUCACGCGGUUAUUUCAUCAUGUGCCAGUUUUUCUAGUCAAACUUUGAACCCUUGAGAAAAAUUUUUUUAUGAAAAAUCUCGUAAUACUUUUUUUAAAAAGUAGUUGAAAUUAACCAAGAAACGGUCUGAACAUCACCUUUAAAUAAGAUCAAAAUUAUCAAAUAUAGUUUUCAUCCUGAAAUUCAAGUUUUUCAAUCGUUCAAUUCAAGGAAUCUUACGUUCAAAAUCGCCAAAGAUCUCCCGGAAGUCGUUGUCGACGCUCAUUUGAACACGAUCGAGGCGGAAAUGUCGGAGAGCGACUACGAGACGCUGAUGCAAAUGCUCAACGGAAAUCUAGCCGAAGGUUCUGAGUUGAUCCCGCCGCCGCCACCUCCGCCGACCUUGUCUGGCGGCGAAUCGACGACACAAACGGCCCCAGUCGUAGCCACGCCCAAAUCGCCUGGAGCCGAUAGCAAAGUAGAUUGAGUUUGGAUGGAAAAAGUUGAGAUUAACUUUAGGCUCCUAAAAAGGAUCGUGAAGCUGACGCGGGUCCACCGCCCGUCGAACAUCCCAAGCCGCGAAUCGUAUUUCAUUUCGCGCUGGAUAAGAUUUCGGCCAUCCUUUAUGACGGUAUCUUUACGAUUGCAAAGAAAAUUCCGAGGCUUAAAAAGAGGCUUCUGUUUUCGGUACAUUGAAGAAACAAAAAAAAAACCGUAGAUCAACAAAGGAGAUAAUUUUAAUUUUCGGUUGGAAUAAUCCUGGAAAUCGGCCUUAAGGCUCAUUGAUCUGCCAGGAACAGUUCCUGGAAGUCUCAACCUUCACAACUUCUUAGUUUUCGAGAGAAAAAAGGGGUCGAAGCUCCAAAAUGGUCUAUUUCAACGGUUUUUUUUUCAAAUUAUUUUCUUUGACUUCGAUAAUUUUUAAAAAACUAAAAAGUUUUGUAGGUUGAGACUUCCAGUUUGUUAAAGCUGCUUCAUGAGUCCAAGUAAUAUCAGGAAUUGAAUUUCGAUUUAGCUGACGCUACGCCUGGAGUUCGCGAUGAACGCCACGCAUUUGCAUCUCUUCAACUUCAGAACUUGAAGCUUUCCGGAAAGAUUGGAGUUUUCUAGUCUUCUAUGGUGUAAAAUUGUCGUGUUUUUCACAGGAAGACAAUGCGCAAACCAUCGCGAUAUCAUUGGAUGCAUUCACGAUGAACGACGAGCGGAAAGACAAAACCAAAGUCCAGCAUCUGAUGGACAAGAAAGGAAAAGAUGACGAACGUUUCUUGGACCUCAACUUCAAACAAGACUCGGAGUCCAAUAAGCAAAGUUUGUUAUUUAAAAUGAACAGAAAAACCAGUUAUCAAGAAAUUUGAGUUGGAACUGUUUCUAUAGAGAUUAGUUUCGAAAUUAAUAAAAAAAAACUUUCUUUAAUGUCAAGUUUUGAAUCGAAGUUUUUGAAAACGCUAAAAGAACCAUUCGAUUCGGGCCUCACUUCCCCGAAAAAAGUUCCUUUUUAGUUCGUCUCAAGAUGACGGCGUUCUUCAUCUGCUUGAACCCUGAGUUCCUUGGCUGUUUGACGCGGUUUUUCACCGUACCUCCGACUGAAGAGCAACGCGAGCGGGAGGAGAUGAUGGCGAAGCAGCAAACGCCGAAAACUGGACCCGCACAAAAGCCUUCCGGAACCAUCGAUCAGGCCGGAACCAUCACCGUCGACUGCGAUAUGCACGUGAGUUUCGACGUCGCAGCGCCUUCUGAAGCUCUCUCUUGAAUGUUCAGGGUGUCGAGGUGAUCGUAAUCGAAGAUCCCCUGAACCCCGAAACGUCGCAAGCGUUGAUACUCUCGUUCAAUGUCAACAUCAACGCUCAGCCCAAGGUGAUGUUCCACGAGGUCGAAGCGCAGCGGAUGAGCGGCGCCAUCGAGAAUCUGACCAUCUUCAGCUCGUACUACGCGGAACAUCGACGCAAGGAAAUCACCUACGAGGUCUAGUCAUUCGAUUUGCUUUUCAUGCUGAAAACAAUGAGUCGUGGACAAAAGUAGACAUCGGUCUUAAAACCGUUGAAAAUAGUUUUUUAAUGCUUCUCCAAAUCGUCCCUCAAAUCAUUUUUUUUCUAAUAGCUUUCUCUCGUGUAUUCCCGGCUUGCAGCUCUGCCCUUUUGAAUUCAAAGAAAUUUUUUCAGGUCACCAGAAAAAUGUUUUUUAAUUUUUUAAUUUCGUUUAGAUCUCAGUUUGAUUUUUGAAGUACUGGAUCCUUUAUUAUUCUAUAUUGAUCCUAGAUUAGUAAUGACGUUGGCAUAGAUACUGGCAGCUGCCCUAAUCUUGACAUGAAUCUAUAUAAGUUUUAAACAUUUUAUUAAUUUUUUUUCAUCCAAUAAGUCAAUCAAUAAUUUUUGUUUUGUCGUUUCAGAUAUAAUCAACUAGGCGGUGAGCCAGACUCUUUUAAAAUCUUAUAAACUUUUAAAGUUAUAUCGAAAAAUCGCUUUUGACGAAUUAGAAGUCCAAACGUGUAGUCGAAAGUGUUUUAAGCAGGGUAUUUCGCCUCAAUUUUCUUUAAAUAGUCCAUUCAGUUGCGAACCCAGGACAGAAACCAUGUUAGAGGUGGAGCGUGAACUUCAAAACCAUAACAUAUAAGGCAUUUUGAUCUACUGACAAAGACAAACAUCUAAAAAUCUAGCAUCACUCAGAAUACAGCGACGGGCUAUUCUGUUCUGUACUCUGAAACUCCUGUUACGACCUUUCUUUCUGUCAUAAUUAGUAUAGUCGCUUUUGAAUUUCAGGUCUUGAAACCAGUGAACAUUCAAGUCUUGGCACAUAUCCGUAAAACUGACAAGUCAACCGAUGCGGUGCUGAAGAUGGGAGAUAUGGAACUGCGAAUGUCGCCUGCAAUCAUCAGACUUUUGUCCGCCGUUUCCUCCGAGUUUUCCAAGAGCAGCGCUGUGGUUUUCAACAUGUUCAAAGUAACUGAAAGAAUUUCCAACGGUUUAGGAUUACGACAAGAGCGAAGGAAAGGUUCCUGCAAUUAAGAGGAAUCCAGAUUAUUGGCUGCCAAAAAUAAUCGAUCAGAGAAAGUGAGAAGAAAUCUUUGAAAUCAACUUCUACUUUUUCUCAGUUUACGGACACUACGUGUUCAAAGAAAUAUGAAAUUUCCAGAAAUUGUUACAGAAGAAGACGUCAUUCUUUUUUCGGUCCUUUUUCCGCGCUUUUUUUUGAAAAUUCUAGGCAAAAGUGUACGGAAUCUUGUUCGCUUUCUUAGACUUCGUAAUGUUAGAAGCACUGGGAAAUUAUUAUUUUUCACUACAAACCCGUUAUUUUAUACAUGUGCAACGAUUUUAUUCAGAUAUUGGUUUUUCACUGCACCUUUGGCCGAAGAAGCAACUGAAGAAGAUGACGACGACGAAAAGGGAUCCAAAAAGCUUCCGAUGGCGACUAUCGAAAAGGCCAGACUCGAGUUCAACCGGAUCAACUUCACCUUGGAAGCUGGAACUGGAGCAGUAUGUUAAUUAUUUUCAAUCACAGAAGGGAUGACAAAAGUAUUAUUUUCAUAGACAGUUCUGAAUUUCAACGUUCGAAUUCACUACAUUAAAAGGUGUACUUAUUAUGUGAAAAACUGAUUAGUCGAAACACAUAUACUUGGUUAAGUCAUGCAGUUUUUGAUUUUUUCUAUUUUGGUGUUGAACUUCAUCGAAAUGAAUUUUAACGACAGGAGGGUUUUAAUAUCCAUUCGAAUGUUAAAAAAAUUAAAUUCGAAAACAGAAAAAGGUGUUUUUAAAAAACACGGGUAUGGCAAUCUCUUGUCCUAGCACCCUUUUCAUAGUUAGACGAACUCAAAAAAUACCGGUUAUUUCUGACCGGCGACCGUAACAGUAUACCGAGUACCACCUUUGGGAGACCUUAACUCUACUGGAGUGGUAUCUGGAGAAUAUUUCCCUCCGGCCGGUCUUUUACGAGUGCUGCUAGGUAGCUCAUGGUUUGCUACCGAGUAGGUAUCCGACAGCUACUUUAUAGCGAGUGCCUCGGGCCGAUCCACGGUGUUAAUAAAUCAUUUGGAAAAAAAAGAAAUCAGUUCUCAGUUUUUUUUUUAAUGAAGUUUAGAUUCCUGUGCCUUUGAUCUUCCUCGAUAUGUUGGUUACCGCUGAAGCUGAGAAUUGGACCUCUGCUUUAAAGUCCAAUGCGGCGAUUUCUAUACAAAUGUCGUAUUACAAUGAGGCAUUGAGGUUUUCUUUUCCAUCCAUUUGUGCUUUCUUUUAUUGAUUACUUUUCAUUGUUAUAAUUUUUUGUUCGCAGUGUGUGGGAACCGAUUAUUGAGCCUGUGGAGACCGAAGAAGGCAGGUUCGAACGCUGGGACCUUCGAAUGACUGUAAAUGUUCGAGACUUCUUCCCACCACGUUGUUGAUUUGAAGGUGAAAGGAAAAGGGAAGAAUGAUCUGAAUGAGUCGACUCCGGCUAUGGAUAUCAAGAUUGACGCAGACAAAAUGCUCAACGUCACCAUCACCAAGUCUUUCUUUGGCUUGUCUACUAAAUUGGCUGAAGUAACAUUUCUUCGUUUUCUCUCAAACGUCAAAAACAUUUCAGCUCUUCGCGACGGCCGCCAAACAGACGUCGCCCACAAAAACGCGCCAGUUGCCUGGAAUCUCGCCGUUCGUCGUGCUCAACGAAUCCGGCGUUGCCGUCAAGAUUCUCGACUCCGAUACGAUCAAAGUCAGCGACAGCGGACAGCCGAUCGACGCGACUCACGGGUCUUUCGUCGACUUGCACCUCAAAACAGAGAAGAGGGAGAAGACUGAAGUGAGAUAUUCGAGCAAGUCGAAAGUUUAUACCAAAAGGAUCUUUUUUGUUGGGAUACAUCUGUCAACAGCUUUCUUUUUUCGCGACCAAAUAAGUUGUGAGAAAAAUUUUGAAGGCUUUUUCAUCCGCAAUCAAAAUUUCCUAGGAAUACCUAGAAUUUCAAUUAGUUCUGCGGUUUUCGACCCAGAAAAAUUGAUCCUCAGCCAAAUAUUAUUCAGCUCGAACGUCUUUCUGUGGAUCAAACUGAAGUCAGCGCAGACCUUCGACUCGACCUUCUCGAUACUGUCAGAGAAACGAAAAUCGGUCGUGCCGGCAAAAGGGCGAUUCCGCUCCCGAAAGUUAGCGCGGGCGGGCACAAAUGGAUGGUUUAAACACUAUACAAAAAUAAAUUGAACAAUCAACCUAAUUUCUAGAUUAUUGCUGAAACGACGAUCGAAAAUGGCCGGCGGCUGGUGACUCUGACGUCUCAUGUGAAAGUCACCAACCACAUGGACUUCCCGAUGGAGAUCUACUCGAAGCACGACACCCGCCUCGACCUUUUCGGCGUCAUCGAGCCUCAGCAAACGAUGCAUCUCGCCGUGCCUCUCCUCUACUCUCCCACUGGCGAAAUCUACCUGAAGCCGGCGGAUGAGAAGUGAGAGGCUGAAAGAGAAACUCCGUUGCAACACCUUCCAUUUGUCUUGUCUAGGUACGAAGUGAGCUUUGAGUCGUUGAGCUGGCACUCCUUCGAGCACGACAAACGGCAGGCUGUCCGUUGCAAUGUCGAAUCUGACGAAAACUUCCAAGGCCUAUACAUCGACACCGUCGUUCAUGAGGAGAAAAUCCCCGAAUGUAUAGUUUUUGGCUAGAUCUUUGAGUGAAGUUGAGGGGAGAAGGAGUUGAAACUAUAUUCAAUGUAUUCGCGGAUUUUCAAUUGAUUUUUUCAGCCUUGGGAUCCGAAGUCAGCACCUUCCACAUGCAUCUCUACCCGCCUCUCGAUUUUUAUAACGUUCUCCCAAUGGACGUCACUCUUGAAGCUCCGGAAAAAAAAACUGUGGUCGCUGGCACCAACGCGAUUCUGAAUGUUGUAACAGAUGGAACCAUCAAAAUGGUGGUGAGCAUUCGAUUCAUUUACCCACAAAAAGAUAUCGUCCGGAAUUUUCGUGCUAGCGGAUAGAACUUCUAAUUAGCAUCAAAACCGAAGUUUUGCUCUUAUGGUAAAAACUGAUUCUUGGACGUUGAAUGUCUCAACGGGUUGCGAUUGACCUUUUGCGCCAAAAGAAAUCCUCAUUUCAGCCGUGUUGAGACAAGAAAAACUUUGAAAACCUUGUGUUUUCAAAUUGCACCAAAAAGUGUUUCAAACUUCUUUCAAUUUAAGAAGUUUUACGUGGAUUCUCAAAGCUGCUCAAUAUCAACGUGAAACCGUUUUUUUACAGGUUGAUUACUUGAACGAGCCACACACACUGGAGAUGAGGGUUCCCACGGAGAAGAAAGAUUUGGUUGUGGUGAAGUUUGUGAAUGCGAACGGCGGUCCUGAUUUGGUAACAAAAUCGAGAGAAAAAUCGAGCUGAGAGUGAUUUUUCCAGCUCCUUGGAUUGCACUGGACGACAGAGUACGGCGUUCAAAAACUGUACCUCUAUGCGCCCUUCUGGGUCGUCAACAACACUUCCAAGACAUUGAGACACACGGUAUAACUCUUCAAAAAUCGAUGUAUUCAUAAUUAGUUGGCUGGAACCAAGAUUCUAGCGAUUAAAUUUACGAAAAAGCUUGAGAUGGAGUUUUUAUAUAAUCUUCGAUUUUAGCAAGUCUUCAGAAGUUUAUAAGAAGUUAUAAAUUAGAAAGGGUUAUCUACACAACAUAACAGACGAAAGACACGGGAUUUCGCUGCUCAAUUAACAAUUCGAAUUGAUCUGCGAAGAUUUUUGUAGAAAAAAAGCAAAAUCGUCAGUGUCAUCCCCACGACGUCUGUUAUGAAUUUCUCUCUGCUUACCCCCUCUAAUCUACCUUUUCGUAAACUUUCAUUUGCGUCGAGACCGCCGUUCAAAAGUAAAACACAUCCGACAAAACACUAACACAGCUCACGACGAAUUUUCUCCACCCCGCUAUGGAUUUGUAGGAGACCAGCGGAAAUGCGCUUUCAAACACGGCCCGUGGUUGUGUCCCAUGCGGAAAGAAGUCGGCGGUGUCGACGCUGCAGGUGACCCCGCUCGUGUCGCUAUCGCUUUUCCUUCUCCUUUUCAAUGACGCUUUGUUUUCACUCAAUUUCAACAUUUUUUUUAUGUCAUUCGCCUUUCUCUCAUUACAUUGCUGUCUUACAGAAUGAGGAGGCGUUAUUGCAUUUGCCUGACUCUAAUCCAAUCAUUCUACCGUAUCCGACCACGGACCUUGCCAAAAAGAAGAAGGUUCGUUUGAACGAAAACUGUGAAAGUUGAGCCGAGCAUGUACAUGGACAGAACGAAUAACGGAAAAAAUUGCUGAUUUAGAAAACGUAAAAAAUGCGUAGAAAAUUCAGCAAUUUUUUGAAUUUUUGGCUUUGCCGCGAAAAGGCGGGUGUUUGUAGAGCAGUUUCUUGGUUUUCUUGUUUUUUUUCUUGUUUUCUGCUGUAUUCAAAAAUAUAACUUUUGUCGUGAAAUUCGCAAAGUGAAAAAGUUAUGUCAAUAUUAAGAUACAAAAUGACCAGUCUAAAGAGCAUUUUUUGAAGACAGUCUUGACUCAAUAUUAAUAGUCUUUAAGCUUUCAUUCCUAAACAAAAACUUCAGGCCCGCGUGAAGAUUGAAGGCGAAAGUGACUGGUCGACCGAGUUCCCUCUGGACACGGUCGGAAAUGCCGCGAUGAUCACCUGUAAAGGGCAAGGUCGAGACUAUGACGUGAAUAGAAGCGCGUGCACAUGAAUCGAUAGCUCAAACAUUUUUAGAUGACAGUCGAUAUCAAGCUGUGCCAGUCUGGGCUGACGAAAAUCGUCACAUUUGCUCCGUUCUAUCUGAUCUCUAACCUCGGCAAAUUCCCCAUUGAAGUCAGAGAAGACGCUCAAAACUUCUGGACCGAAAUCCCGGGAGAAACGGUAUCACGUCUGAAAAAAGUUGCCGUGGUUUUCAAAUGAUGGCUCUAAACACUUGAAGGAGCAAAGACAACGCCCAUCAUAAGUAUUUCAAUUUAUUUAUAUUCUCAGGAAAGUUCUAGAAAAUUUCUUAAAUUUUCGCAGUAUUACAUGUACUCCUCCUAGACUUCAUACUAGCCCUAAGCUGGCAGACACCAUAGGAACCGUUUAAUAUCAAACUCGUAUGAAAGCCGCUGCAACUUCUUGAUGGAGAUCGAUUCAGAUUGAACGUGAGAUUAUAGUGCGUUGGUGUUUGGCCGAUCGAACGUGGGAAGAAGAAGCUGAUGUGUGCUCGGUACAAGGGCGAAAAGGAAGAGUCUUUACUUUUCCCGAUUACGGAAAACAUCGAAACUCUGUGUCAUGUAGGAGAACAAAAGAACCUUCAUGAUCAGAAUACGUUAAUUCAGAUCGAUAGCGACGUAGUUGGUCUGGAAGUUUCGGUUUCGACAGGCGAAGCGUCGGUGGCGGUUCACAUCAGUCCGUUCCAGCCAGGAAUGGCUCCCUGCCUUGUUAUGAACAACCUCAAUGUGCAUAGUUGCCUCAAAGAACUUCUCUAGUUGACUUUUUGCAGGUGCCUGUCACUUUUGGACAACGAGGCUAUGGAAAGAAGACGGUGAAGAGCAACGAAAUGGCCAUGUUCACCUGGUCUAACAUCGUCGCCCCAAGACUUUUGGAAGUGUCCGCCGGCGAUUGGCAUUUUGAAGACAAAAUGGACCAGAACAAGUUUGGAGACGUGCAAAUCGACAAAAAUGUUAGAAGGUAUACAGCUUUUUAUUGUUCAGAAAAAGUUGAAUUUGAGGAGAAAUAAUGUUCUACAUGUUCAUUUUUUUUUUUCAAAAUAUCAUUUUGGACUUUAUUGAGGAAAAUAUGAAACUUUUUUUUUAGGGAUUUGAGGUAUUUCUCCAAGAUUUUUCGUCGGAAACAAGGGAGAAACUCCCUGCCAAGCUUUCGAGUUCAGUACUUUGUGCAUGAAAGCUUGCCGCAAAUUCAUUUUAGGCUCUUAAUUUCGAAAUAAAAAAUUUUCAAGCAUACGCUUUUUAGCUGUAACUUAAGAUGGAAAGUAAAGAAAGUUUAAGAAAGUUUUUUUUGUUCAAAAAUCGUUGAAAACCUGUGAUUUUUGUGAAGGUUCUGCUAUUACUCGGUGUUCCUCGCGGGUCGUCAGCGGAUCCUCCUACUGACAGCAGACCUUGAUAUCGCGAGAUCUGCCUACGGCUCUUGGGAAACGGACAACGUUGAUCUGCAAGCCGAGAUCAGCCUUCAAGGCUUCGGCCUCAGCGUAGUCGACAAUGUUGUUGGACGAGAGGUUUUCCCCGGUCUUCCAUCAUUGAUUGAUUAUUUCCUUACAGAUUAUCUACAUGGCUAUUUCGUCUUCUGACAUUUUAUGGGAGGAAGAGAUCAAGAAGGGACGCUUCAGACCGCUCGCUGUGAAACAUAUGCAAGAACUAGAGGAGAAGUAUCAGAAGCAUUUGGUGUCACCUAACAAUGAGUUUGAGGUGAAGCCUCUUGGGAAUGCAGAGCAAAAAUGAAGAAGUUUCUAGGCUAUCGACACUUUUGAAGUGAAUAUGGCGACGAUGAUCAUCAAGAAGAAGAAGGGCAAGGAGGCGAAACUGAGACGAAUUUUCGGUCAAGGCGUCUGGGCCAACUACGGAAAAAGCGCACAACGGACUCGUCUCCACGCCAAGAUCAACCACAUUCAAAUCGACAAUCAGUUGGAUGCCUGUGUCUUCCCACGAAUUUUGGCUGUUGUCCCGCCACCGAAGAGCGUCGUCGUUGAUAACAGUAAGCACAAAAUAAGAAGAGUCCAAGAAACCUUUUCUGAUGGCUGGUCUUAGCUAAGAUUAUUGAAAACAAACAAAUUUACUCAGUUCCAUCGAUUUGCGAAAUAUAGCAUGCCGGAAUAUGCAGGAGAAGCUUGUAAACUUCUUUGAAUCGAGUUUUUUUGAUUGAAAAUAACAUGACUUCGAAGAUGUUAAAAGAAACGAAUUGAAACUUGAAAUUCUCCUAGAAAAGUAGUUUAUAAUACACGUCACUUGAGAAUGGCGAAAACCCAUUGUUAUGAAGAUUCAAAAGUUAUUUUUGAGCUGAAAUUUAUAUAACGUAUUGCAACCUUCUGAGCUUAAAUUUUUACCAAAAAGGCUCCUCUAUUUUGGCUUUUAAAACUAUGAGUUUUAAGUGCUGGAAAAAUCAGAAAAAGGGACGUUUUGAAAGUGAUUUUUGUGCAAGUGAAAUUUUUUAGGCUCAUACUUGAAGUUUUGAGACUGUCUUUGAAAACAAUGCCAGCGUAAACUAGAUCAAAGUCCAAAGAAUUUUUUGAAAGGCUCUAAGUCGACGGCUAUUAUGUCUGCGAUUAUUUAUUGCUAGCCAUUCUGCCAUACACUCUUAUUCGGUUCGCCUCAGAUUUAAGCUCAAAAAUGGAAGCUCCUUUCCGGUUUGAACUUCCUCUCUUUUCGAAAACUCAACUUGGGAAUUCUGAUGCCGUUGAAUUUCAGCUCCGAAGCCAUUUGUCGAAUUAUCUUUGCUUCAACGUCAACCUGAGUUCUCAAGCGUUGCCGAGGUUCUCAUUUCUUCUCCAAAACUGAGACGUGUACCCAAUUCAGAUUGAAUAUGGACACGCUCUGAUUCAAGAGUUCUCUGUGCAAGUCGAUCAAGGGCUCAUCAACGCCUUCAUGCAGUUCUUGGCUGGUGAAGUCGAAAAGAAACCAUAUGGAGUUGGAUUCUGA